CCAGUCGGGAAUUUACCUCGAAGGCAAGCACACGCUUCCUCUAGCGGCUAGCACCAUAAUAAGCACGAGAUCGCGACCCACCUCGCUCUUAUCACGUUAUCAUUAUAAAGUGAUACAUCAAAUUACCUCACGAGUGCUCAGAUAACGAACACUCCGAUUCUGAUAAACGUAGCGCGAUUUUAUUUCACAUUAAUUUUAUAGUUAGUCAUAAUCAAAUCCUGCAGAAAAUAAUAUAGAAAUUUGCGUCAAGCUAUGUGAUCUGAUUGUUUUCACAUUCAAGUGAGUAGGCAGUGGCUAAAUAGACGAAAAUGAAAAAUUAUUUGCGCUUGUUGACACACGUUUUGUUAAUAUCAUGGUGCGCUUGCAAUCCUUGUACGCGAGUAGAGAGUGUUGACAUUAGUGCGGGAGUGCUCUUGGAAAAUGGUUCGGUUAUUUAUGACGGUCUAGAAUACCCUAAGUCUACGUGGUAUGAAGAACUGGCAGAUGAACUAGUGAAACGCUACGGUUGCCCUUGCAUUGGCCGCGUUUGCAUGUGGAAAUGUUGCGGCCCCGGGCAGACGCCGUUCAACGGCUCUUGUUUGGACACAGGUUUGGCCGAAGUGAACCCUUUCAACCCACCGGUCUACAGAGGCAGGGAGCCGUCUAAUAUAACAGCUUAUGGAACUUUCUUCUAUAUGCACGGGCACCCCUGUAUUGACAGCUAUCUUGUUGACACGGCGGACGUCAACGAGGAAUUAUUUAUCCAGGAGAAUGGUACGCUCAUGGAGGUUGCGAUAGGGGGCACCCAAUGGCACCUCCCAACAGGCUAUUGCGUAGACAUGAAGUACCACAACAAUUCUGUGGCGCCGAGGCUAGUCGCUGCUGUAUGCUUUCCAGAGGAGAAUGUCUCCACAGAUGACAGCCCACUACUCUACAUCGCAUAUGCUGUUGGUCUUCUUCUUUCGGUGCCAUUCUUGUUAGCCACGUUUCUCGUCUACGCUAUGAUACCAGAGCUGAGGAACCUGCACGGCAUGUGCCUGAUGGCGUACUGCGCUGGACUGAUCGUAGCAUUCCCCUUCCUGGCGUAUCUGAAGCUGCAUGUUGGUAGAAUCGGUGUCGCCAUGACCGGUUGUUUGGUUGUUGCGUUCAUCGUUUACUACGCAUUCCAAACCAGCUUCUUUUGGCUGAACGUGAUGUGUUUCGAUAUUUGGAGGACGUUCAGUGGGUACCGCGGCGGGAGUACGAACAAGAGACGCGACAACAAGAGGUUUUGCCUGUACGCGAUAUACGCAUGGGGCGUGCCCGCCAUACUUACGGCGUGCACCGCCGGGAUGCAGUUCAGUGACAACCUGCCCAGCCACAUCGUCGUUCCUGGUUUCGGCUCCAGGAGGUGUUGGUUCGUCAAUUGGCUGAGCGAGUUCGUGUAUUUCUUCACGCCGGUAUUGUUCUUGGUUGUGAGCAAUGUCAUAUUCUUCUCUGUGACGGCGCAUCGCAUACGAUCGAUACGACAGGAAACAGCUAUACUAAAGGGCGCGGAGUCUUCCAGGAGUGACAAAUUGAAAAAAGAUAAACAGAGAUACGCAUUAUACUUGAAACUGUUCAUGGUGAUGGGUGUGAACUGGACCGUAGAGUUGAUCAGCUUCGCGGUCGGCGGCUCCAACUGGUACUGGAUCGUGGUGGACAUCUCGAACAUUGCGUUGGGCGUCGUCAUCUUCUUCAUAUUCGUGUGGAAGAAGAAAGUCCGAGGUCUCGUGCAGAAAAGAUUCCGCCACAUGUUGGGCAUGCCACCUGUAGCAACGGAUUCUCGCACCGGCCGGUGGACGACCAGCUCUGCCCCCACUGAAGACACUCGGAUCUCGGCGGACGAAACUGCCAUACGAUUGAAGGAUAUGCACUGAAUUAUCAGAUCCCAUGACACAUUCAAGCCAAAGAAUUCUCAUCGCCCAUCGACCGACGAGAAUUUUUUAUUUUUAAUCCGGUUAGGCCGGGCGCAUAAUGGAAGCUUUAUGCUUAUGAUUUAGUUUUAUAUAAGAUGAAAAGUAAUGGGAUAAGCUUAUGCUAUAUAUUGAGAUUUUUUAAAUGCAUUCGUUGUUUUGGCAUAUUCGAAAAUUUUUAGUACUUAUACAUUACUGGCUGAUACUGAGUCACAACCAACAUUAGGGAAUAGUCUCGCAUAACAAAAUAUGUAGGUAUUAACGUAAUUUUUACCUCAGUUCCGGAAUGGACAAUUUAAUACCAGCAAUUAAAAUACAUUGCUAGUGGUCAAAUUGCCUUCUAGAAUAAUCUAUAUGAAUUGUGGUUAUAAACUCACAGUUAUUUUUUUUUUGAUGAGCUGAGAUAUUCAUGCUGUAGUCAAAACUGGCUAUUAUGCACGGCUCUAACAUUUCAGAAAUAUUUGACAUUAAACAAGAGAUGUAUUUUCAUAAGCAGAUUUAAAAUAUGGCACGUAUUCAAAGUAUAAGAAUAUGUAACUCUUAAUUUAGAUGUAGGUAAGUUUGGAUGAUGCGUCUUGAAUAUAAGCUAAUAAAAACAAUAACACAAUUUGUGCAAUACUAUUUGUGAACUUACAAAGCGGAUUUUACUAUUUUAUUUAUAAGCUCUAUGAAUUUUUAAACAUGACUUAGUUAUCGUGUGUAUAAUAUUUGUAAGGUAGCUAGUCAAUUGUGUGAAUUUACAUGAAAUAAAAUGUUCAAUGUGUGUAGGGUAAUACUAGAAUGACGAUACCUCAUGACUUCAAAGGGACGCUACAAAACCAAAUAAGUUCGCAGUUAUUUUUUCAUUGCUGAAUACAAUAAAUAAUGUACCUAAUUACACGCCAGUAGAGAUUAUUAUUAAAUUAGAAUAAGAAUUACUAUUAUGUUAAACUAAUUUAAGAUUAUGUAUGGUAUGUCAUUAGUUAAUAUAAUGAAUAGGUCACAGUACGAGUUCUUACGCUGUUCUUACAUUAGAAUAAGCAAAGGAGUCUCUAAUGACCUAGCCAACGCGAGUUUCCAAGACAAAAUAAAUAUGCUACCCAAAUAUCGUAUGCUUUUUUUCAAAAACAUAUAAUUUACCUAUCUAACCAUAAAUUACCUCUAAUCCAUUAAUAGUUAAUGCAAUUUUACAGUGAUAUGUCUGUUAUAAUCCACAAAAAUGAUCCCAACUUAUAAUUCAUUAUGUCGAAGGUUUUAUGGUUAACAUUCAGCUCAUUAUAUAGACGGCACAUUCUGAUGAUAGAGUUGUAAUAAGACGUAUUGUUUACGAAAACACGCAGAGCGAAGACGUUUCUUGGAUUAUGUAUUUAUGUCAUAAGUUUCUUGAAUAAAUAUUAAUUGUAUGUCUGUUGUUGAAGAUGCGAAAGUUUUAUUGUCAGACUUACGAAAUAGUAUUAAAGAGUUAUCAAGUGUGAAGUGUAACUACUGCGUAUGAAAGAUUGGUAGUAAUUAAAACGUCGAAUAAUGUUAGGGGUCUUCCUGGUGGAAUGGUUCCUGGUGGAUUCUGUCUUCAGGAAUCGUAAACGUGAAAGUCUUAUAGUAGAUUUCAUAUGGUAAUAAGCAACGAUUAAAAAAAAAUAAAGUACAAACAUAUUUAGUCUAUAGAUAUAGAUAAGUCCCGAUCUUUAUGAGGAUGGACAAAAUUAAAUUGCUUUUCUGUUUUAUUGAUGAAGUUAAUGAACUUUCCUAGUUAUUUUCUACGGUAAGGAAUUGUUAAGAAGGAGCGCUAACUCUAGAUUUAAUAAUCUUUUUCGUCUCCGCCUGUAGGUUCGCUAUGGCGAGCGAUUUUCUUAUCUAUCACACAGGGGGCGUCAGCUCUGGAAAAUUCGUGCUUUAUCACACAUAUCAUAUUACUAUAUUGUUUUAAAUGCACUAUUUCAUAGUAAUUUCGUUUUAAUUAGAAAUUAUAGUAUAACUUUAUAUAUUUAGCACAAAUCUCCAAAUAUUCUUGAUUAAAUAACUAAUUAUUGA